CCGCGGGCGGCAGACGAGCGGUAGGGUGCACGCGCAACUCCGGGGGACUAGCGAGGCUGUCCAAGUGGAAUUCGGAAUCUUCAUCCUCCUCCUUCAUCCUCGCCAUCGUCCUGUUGUUAAUCUCUGCGACUGCCUUUCUUGUUUGCGAGCCAGAAAAACAAGAAGACGAAGAAGAUGGCGGACAGCAAAGUGGAGAGCGGCGGCGAGUUGAGCGCCAAGGAGUUGAAGGAGAAGAAAACUGUGGAGGAAAAAAACGGCGACGACACCACCGCCAACGGAAAAACGGACGAGGAGAACGGGGAGCAGGACAACGAGGCGGAGGAUGACGACGAUGUAGGAGACGAGGAAGAAGAGGACGGCGAGGGUGAGGAAGAGGACGAAGAGGACGAUGACCUGGUCACACCCACAGGGAAGAGAACAGCUGAGGAUGACGAUGAUGAUGAUGAAGAUGACGAGGACGAAGUGGAGCGGAAGAAGCAGAAGACGGACAAGUAGACGACAACCACCGUGACGUCCAAACCUCAGUCCUCCCUUCCGAACGUCCGAAAGAGAAUUUGUUUGUAUUUUUAUUUACAUUUUAUAUUUUUGUAUAUAUUGUACGGAGGUCGGCCAUCUUGACGAGUAUCAAGCGGUGCUCCGAAGACAUUUUAACACCCGGAAAAUGUCAGCGUACACAAGCAUCCUGUCUCACACACACACACACACACACACACACACACACACACACUCACACACAGUCUCACACACGUUGCGCAGAAACACAUUCACAAAUGCCCAUGCGGGGCGAAGGAUGCGUUUAGGUACACCGAGGUGUUGCGGCACUUUGCCGCUUAUGUUUUUCGUGCUAGUUUGUCGUAGAUGAGCAGGAUGUAGCGUGAUGUCCUAGUCAGAAUGUUUUCAUGUCCAUGUUACGUUGUUGGAAAAUAAAGUCAUUGGAUUUUGUCCAUU